AUGCCUCAAACUCCAAUUAUAAGUGUUGAAAUAUUCGAUAUUUGGGGCAUUGAUUUCAUGGGUCCAUUCCCUUCUUCAUAUGGUUUUCUUUACAUUCUACUUGCAGUUGAUUAUGUGUCUAAAUGGGUGGAGGCAAAAGCCACCCGGACUAACGAUGCUAAAGUGGUUUCAGAUUUCCUUAAAGCUAACAUCUUUUCUAGGUUUGGGACCCCACGAGCCAUAAUCAGCGAUGGAGGAUCGCAUUUUUGCAACAGGACCUUUGAAGCUCUUCUUCGGAAGUACAAUAUUACCCACAAAGUGUCUACACCAUAUCAUCCUCAAACAAGUGGGCAAGCGGAAGUGUCCAAUCGUGAAAUCAAGCAAAUCUUGGAGAAGACCGUGGCACCAAAUAGGAAGGAUUGGAGCUUGAGAUUAGAUGACGCCUUAUGGGCUUAUAGGACUGCCUUCAAAACUCCCAUUGGCAUGUCACCCUUCCGAAUUGUCUAUGGCAAGCCAUGCCACUUACCCGUGGAGUUGGAACAUCGAGCAUGGUGGGCAAUAAAGAAAUUUAACAUGGACUUGGACGUUGCCGGCUUGCAUAGAAAACUUCAAUUGAAUGAGCUUGAGGAAAUCCGCAAUGAAGCUUAUGAGAGUGCUAAGAUAUACAAGGAGAAGACCAAGGCAUUUCAUGACAAGAUGAUAAUGAGGAAGACUUUUGUUGUUGGACAAAAAGUCCUUCUUUUCCAUUCCCGCCUUAAAUUAUUUCCUGGUAAGCUUCGUUCACGUUGGAUUGGUCCAUUUUUUGUUACUAAUGUAUUCCAUCAUGGUGCAGUGGAAAUUCAAAGUGAAAAGACCGGAAUGAAAUUCAAAGUCAAUGGCCAUCGACUCAAACUUUACUAUGAGUCCUUUGUGGAGCAAGAAAUGGAGGAUGUACCCCUCCAUGAACCCCCUCCCAUUAAGUAA